UCCAAGUAAAACAGCCCAAAUCCAACAAAGUAGGGCUCUUUUCUAAAAUGGAGGGGAAAGUAGAAUACCUAUGGGAGGAAGUGAGGGAGCUUAGCCUGGGAACCACCGUGGACCGCCUUCACUCGCCGCCAACACCGCUACAAUUCCUCAGAGACUUCGUUUCUCAGAAUAAGCCCUGCAUAAUCUCCAAUGCCAUCUCUCACUGGCCAGCCCUUUCCCUUUGGCCCAAUUCUUCUUACCUCCCCGCCGCCCUUUCCUCCUCCAUCGUAUUCCUCCACCUCACUCCCGACGGCCACGCCGACGCCCUCGUCCCCCACCCAUCGCUCCCUUCCCUCUGUUUCGUCUCCGCCCACGUCCAACCAACCCCUUUCCCUCAAGCCCUCGACCUCAUUCGCCGACCCCCAAGCCAUUUAGUAGCAUAUUUACAGCAGCAAAACGACUGCUUCAGGACCGAGUACGGUGAGCUGGAGUCCGACUGCGAUGGCCACAUUCCGUGGGCUUCCGAGGCCUUAGGCUGCCUUCCAGAAGCCGUCAAUCUCUGGAUCGGAAACCAUCGCUCGCAGACUUCUUUCCAUAAAGACCAUUACGAGAAUCUCUACGCUGUCGUCUCCGGCGAAAAGCAUUUUUUGCUCCUCCCACCGACCGAUUUUCACCGUAUGUAUAUUAAGGAAUACCCAGCAGCUCGAUACUCGUAUUCCCAGGAGAAGGGAGAGUUUCGUUUAGAACUCGAAGAACCGGAGAGAUAUGUCCCAUGGUCUAGUGUGGAUCCUUGCCCUGCAACGGGGAAUCUGAAGCAGGAAAACUUGAAAUUCCCAUUGUAUUUUAACGGGCCUAAGCCAUUUGAGGUUACUGUCAAAGCUGGAGAAAUUCUUUACUUGCCGAGUAUGUGGUUUCAUCAUGUUAGUCAGAGUCCAGGAGAAGACGGAUGCACAAUCGCUGUAAAUUACUGGUAUGAUAUGCAAUUUGAUAUCAAGUAUGCAUACUUCAACUUCUUGCAGUCACUUCCUUGCCGAUCAAUCAAUGAUCUGACGACGCCAGAGAGUGGAUGUGAGCAGGAUUUGGGACCUCAUGCUUCUCCCAACCAUUUAAACAGUAGAUUCUCAGGUGAUGAAUCUGCAACAACCAAUGUGGAGAUCGAUACAGACCGUGGCAAUGUUUAACUACCGACAUUUCAUUCACACUGGUUCUAUGUACGUGUGUUUCUUUUGAGGCAGUGAAUGCAGAAAAUUGCGACCGUGAUGCUGCUUCUGGUCGUCCACGACACCGAAAUUUCUGUGGUCUUGAAAGAACUGCCAUGCGCUACCUGAAAAUGAUGGCAACACUAGAGAUUCUUUGAAACAUUUUUGAUGUGGUGUUGAAUCUUGAUGUCCUCAAUAGAACAUGGUAGAUCAUGAAACUCAGGUUCAAAUGCUCGGUUAGAUUUGGUUUAGAGCAUUUUACUCGGAGAUUCUUGUGAUGCUGCUUUGGAUUUUGUCUGUGACAUACCAUUGACUAUAUUUUAUCUAUUAUUUACUGAUUUUUAAAUUUUGUG